AUGCCCGCCAUGGACCUGACGAGGACAAUCCGAAUAGGGACUCUGUCCUUGAUAUUCCUGUCGGUGGUAACAACGAUUCUUCAUCAAUGGCACCAGAGUGUUCAGAAGAAUCGUUCUCAAUCUCUUUGGCAACAGUUCGAGCAUGAGCAUGAAGCAUUGGAUAGCGAGGCUCUGCCAUUGGAAACUCAUCGACGACGACGACACCUGAAUAAUGCACCACAACAAAAAGAGCAGCGCGUUUUGGGCGCCGAUGACGAUUGGGUCUAUUUGAAUCAAGACGACUUUUACUACUCGGGCAAAAAGGCUCAAGGUGACAAAAAUAAUGGAGGAGGCAAGGAUUCGACAACCCCAGCCCCCAUAAUGAUAACGGCACCUGCUGAUCCAACCAACCCACAAGUUGUGACGCUUUCGCCUGUGGCCGAUUCAACCACUAGGAGCCCCCAAGUUCCACAACCCACGGAUGUCUCGAUUACAACGGCACCAGUGGAUAUUUCGGCUCCUCUCCCCACGUUGCAAGUGUCUCUUCCUGCUGCGACCAACCCACCUGUAGCUGCUGGUACCAACCCACCCAUUUCAUCACCACCCAUUACAGUAACACCCAUUGUUGUUAUUCCUGCAACACCAGUCCCAGUCAGCAACCCACUGCCAGCUCCCACUGGAGCAGCAGCACAGCCUACUGCGGAUCCACCAGUGCUCGUCAUUGCCGUGACAGAUGCACCUGUAGCAGCUACUCCCGAGCCUUCUGUUGCCACCACGACGGAUACCCCCACGGUAAUGCCGGAAACGCCAGCACCCUCUUCCACCACCACCACGGAUGCUCCGGUAGUGACUACGGAUGCUCCAGUAGUGACGACGGAUGCUCCUAGUAGUUCGGAUACGGGCGAUGCACCUACCUUGAAUCCUACCCUCUUGGCGGCCACUACUACUGGAUUGGCCGAAGUCUACGGAUGUCUCAAGAUUAGUCAAGUGCCGUUGGAAGUCUGGUUCCAUUCCGACACGGAUGCCGUUUGCUUGUCCAAUGAUUGUUCCGAUGCACUUCGGUGCUGUCGUUUCCAUGCCGAAGGAACGUUAAAGUGCGACGACACCAAUGCCAAUCCGGAGAAUCCAUGCCUGUGCCAUGAUUUUACCAAAGACCCCACCACGCUGCCUGCUUCUCCGUUGGUGGCGGAUUUACCCGAGUAUACCAUGCCACCGACUGUGGAAACCACGGAAUAUCCCACAAUCGCUGAGACCCCCACCGCUGCCGAUACAGAGAGUCCUACCGAAGCCAUGACGGAGGAACCUACCGUGCCACCAGCGGAGGAAACCAUCAAUCCGACCGACCAACCAACCGAGUCCACAACGGUGCCUGUUGCUGGUACGCCCGUUCCAACCAUUCCUGUGGAGCUGCCACAGCAGGAGACGGAAGAUCCCACGGAUGGUACGACGGAUGCCCCUACUGUGGCCGACGAUGUGGCAACGGAGACUCCUACAGCACCCGAGCCAAUGCCAAGUACAAGCCCCAUCGACGAAACUCCAGCACCAACUCUGGCCAUGACACUGACCCAAGAACCAACGGCAGCAGCCCCCACGGCGAUUAUUCAAGUGGAAGAAAUAUCCCUUCCUCAAGACCUUCCCGAUCAAGCCAACGUCCCCGAUCGUGAUGUUCUGAAGGAACCAGAGCCCUGUUUGCCCUUUGAUCAAGCCUCGCCUUUGGUCUUUCAUCCGCGGACGGAAGCCCUUUGCAAAACCAAUGAGUGCAAUGAUGGUUGCUGUCGGAUUCGCAAUUGGUUAAUAUGUGAUAGGGACAACGAAUUUUCCGAUUCUCCAUGCGUGUGCAAUGAGAACACGGCCACAGAUCGCGAAGAUGAGGGACCGGGCGAAACUGUCUUGGUGGACGUGGAAAUAGAUGCCUCGGAGACGGAUGCCGUCGAGUCCAACGCUGUGCCGCAUAACAAUGCCACAGAUCCCCUUGAUCCAGAUGUCUGUGUGAACGGAUCGCCCUUGUACGACGUGGCAAACUUUGCAUCCUUUACCCAGUGCGCCAGAUCGGCAGAAUGUGCCGCUAUGGAUGCAACUCAUUGUUGUUUGGUGUCCUAUUGCAUGUGCGGAGCACCUCUGGAGAAUGCCACGGCGGAGUGUGUGCCACCAUUUGAGUUGCCAGCCGUGGAAGCUUUUCCCUCGGAGAGCAUCACUGCCUCUAGUACUACGGAAGCUCCGACUGAAAGCCCCGCUGCCUCCGCAACGACGGUUGCUCCAACUGGCAUUCCCACUACUGGUCGUACCGAAACCCCAACUGAUGCUGCUGUCGAAGUUACCAAAGCUCCGACUGAUAGCCCCACUGAUCAAAUUGAUGAUGCAGUUGCCAAUGAUACGGACGAUGACGUGGACUCCCCAUGUGCGAACGGGUCUGUUUACCAAACAAUGAGCGGUUUUUCACAGUUUCAGUCUUGUGUAACGUCUGCUGAUUGUGGCUCUUCGCCCACUCAUUGCUGUCUCGAGCGAUACUGCUUGUGUGCGCCACCUCAAAAGGAUGCUCAGGAGGAAUGUGUUCCACCAUUUGGAGUGCUGAUGGAUGAACCUGUAACCGCCGGCCGGGACCAUGAAGGAACUCCCACAGGCCAAAUUUCCCUCAAUCCUAGUGCCCCAAGCCCUAGCCCUGUUGCCACCAUUAAGCCAAGUGUGAUGCCAGCUACCGGUAGCCCCGUUGCCACCAUUAAGCCAAGCGUGUUGCAACCAACAAAGCCCCUGGUGGAGAAGGUGUCUUGUGAAGAUUUUGGAAAUGAAGAUGCUAUGGCAACAAGGAUGGACCACCCAAACUCAGAUUCUGUUUGUUUGACCAAUUCCUGCUCACUUGGAUGUUGCCGCUUCUAUUGGUGGUUUGUCUGUGAUGAGAACAACGAUUUCCCCAACAUUCCUUGUGUAUGCAAUGAAAACACCCAAGAUCCCGAGAACUUUGUCCCUAAUGAUCUCCCUUCUGUUGCUGCAGCAGUGACUUCUACUCCAACUGCUUUAAUGGGUGAAGAGCAACAGGUGACAUCAAUCCCUACUGCCGAACCCACCACUCCAACUGCUUUAAUGGGUGAAGAGCAACAAGUGACAUCAAUGCCUACUGCCGAACCCAGCAUUGAGGCAGAUGUCACAACUCCAAGCCCAACCACAUCUCCGGGAGACCUAGCAACAUCCAUUCCGGCUAGAGAGCCCAGUGUGUUGCCACCAAUGAAGCCACUGGUGGAGAAGGUGGCUUGUAAAGAUUUUGGAAAUGAAGAUGCAAUGUCAACAAGGAUGGAUCACCCUAACUCAGAUUCAGUUUGUUUGACGAAUUCCUGCUCACAGGGGUGUUGCCGCUUCUAUUGGUGGUUUGUCUGUGAUGAAAACAACGACUUCCCCAACAUCCCUUGUGUAUGCAAUGAAAACACCCAAGAUCCCGAGAAGUUUGUUCCUGAUGAUGACCCUCCUGCUGCGGUGGCAGUGACUUCUACUCCAACUACCUCAAUGGGUGAGGAGCAACAAGUGACAUCAAUCCCUACUGCCGAACUCAGCAUUGAGGCAGAUGUCACAACUCCAAGCCCAACCACAUCUCUGGAAGACCUAGCCACGUCCGUUCCUACUGAAGAGCCCAUUGCAUUGCCUCCAAUGAACCCCUUGAUUGAGACAGAGGCAUGCAGAGAACUCGGUGACGACAUGCAAUCAAGGACAAAUCACCCCAACUCAGACCCCGUUUGCUUGACCAAUUCCUGCUCACGGGGAUGUUGCCGCGUAUAUUGGUGGUUUGUCUGCGAUGAGAACAAUGACUUCAAACACAUUCCUUGCGUAUGCAACGACAACACCCAAGAUCCUGAAAGCUUUGUCCCCAAUGAUCAUCCUGCUGAAGUGGCGGUGACUUCAACACCAACAGCUCUGGUAGGUGAGGAAUACCAAUUAACCUCAAUCCCUACGGUUGAACCCAGUGCCAAGGUAGUGACUCCUAGCCAUCCUACUGCUGUUUUGUCGGCCACUCCCACCCCUACCGAGGCAGCCGGAGAAGAACUUUCCAUUGGUCCAACGACCUCUAGCCCGGAUGCCACGAGUGCAGUUGAGCCGACAUCAGUGCGUCCAAUGAAGGCAUUGAUUGAAAGAGUUGCCUGCAGAAAUUUUGAAGAAGACCUAGAAACAAGAAUGGAUCAUCCUAGUUCAGAUCAAGUGUGCCUCACAAACUCUUGUAACCAUGGCUGUUGUCGUGUGUACUGGUGGUUUGUCUGUGAUGAGGACAAUGAGUUCUCCUUUGUUCCCUGUGUGUGCAAUGAAAACACCCAAGACCCCAAUAACUUUGUCAAGUAUGAAGAACCUGAUGACUCAGUGGAGCCGCAUCGGAUUUGCCAGGCUGGAACUAUCUUUCAUAAUUUGGCAGGGUAUGAAGACCAUACAAAAUGCUUCGGUGAUUCGGACUGUGGGGGCGACGAGUGUUGUCUCAGCCAGUCUUGUUUGUGUGGUAAACCUGAUGGCGAGGGUUCAUGUGUCCCGCCUGACCCUAGUGCUGUGGUGCAAGUAACUAGAGACAUGGACAAUGGAAAGGAGGAAGUUGAUGACGAAAGCAGCGUUAGAAUGGGUGCUGACUUUCCCACGAACGAACCUACAUUGAGCCCUGCCGAUGACUCAACUUCCGUUCAUGUCGUCGAGAAAAGUGCCUGCGUUCCUUUUGAGGGAGAUGCCAUUCGGCUGGCCAACCACCCCAACACAGAUGAGGCUUGUCGCACAAACUCUUGUUCCAAUGGUUGUUGUCGAAUCUACCAUUGGCUCCUUUGCGAUGAGAGCAAUGAUUUGGCCUUAUCUCCGUGUGUUUGCAAUGAAAACACAAUAGACCCAGCAAAUUUCCCUGAUGACGAUGGAGUGGUUGAACCGCCCAUUGAUGUGGCCCCGGAAGAUGUGUGUCGCGAGGGCUCCAUCUAUCAAACGCUUGAUAGCUUUUCUGAAAUGAAGCCGUGCUUUAACGGAGACGAGUGUGAUGCUGGACAGUGCUGUCUAUCCAGCUACUGUCUUUGCGGAGUCCCCUCCAAUUCCACUGCAGAAUGUGUGCCCAUUCCAGAUCCGCCACCUACAGAAGCUCAUAAUGAUGUCGAGGUGGAAUCUAUCGGGUUGGAACCUCAAGAAAUCCCUCCAGUAGACGCCUGUUUGCAAGGGGUCGACGUGUUCUACUCUGAUCCAAGCUACGCACAUUUUACUCAAUGCGUCACAUCCAAUGAUUGCCCAACCAUUGCUGGAGAGUGCUGUUUAUCCAAGUAUUGCAUGUGUGGACCACCUUCCAACGAAGAGAGUGCUAUGUACGAAUGUGUACCGACCUCGGAUGAGGAAGAAACCACAACUGUUGCCGUUAGCCCUGGUCCAACUGCGGCCACCUCAGAACCCACCGGCUCCCCCACUGAGACGCCACUGAUACCCCUGGAAGAGACGGUUGCAUGCGUGCCGUUUGAUGGCAGUGUCCUGGUUCAUGCUGAUCAUCCCAACACUCAUGAGACUUGCAAGACCAACUCAUGUGGUGGUGGCUGCUGCAGAUCGUAUUGGUGGCUACUAUGUGAUGAGACAAAUGCCUUCAAGUUUGCCCCAUGCAUUUGCAAUGAGAAUACACAAGACCCUGCCAACUUCCAACCGCCGCCAACACCACCACCGGUGCCCCUGGGACCUACAGAUGUGUGCAAUGAUGGAUCAGAUUACCACGGUCAUCCGAGUUUCAGUGCUUUGACUCCCUGUUACGGCGCAGAUGGCUGUGGAGAGGGUGGAUGUUGCAUGAAGAAGUUUUGCUUCUGUGGCACUAGCAAUGACCCCGAGAAAGACUGUGUCCCAGAUGCAUUUGACUCUUUCUUGGAUGCUGUGGAAGUGGUUGAGGAAGUAUCCAUCCCAGAAGAAACCUUCGCCACGCUGGUCCCUACAUCUCUAGGAACCUCUCAACCACCUGCCCCGAGUGAGAGUUUGACUGAAGCAACUGAGACUAGCGCCACGCAGGUUCCUACAGAGUCUUAUGCUGAAAGCGUCACCACAUCUCCUACAGAUUCAGUUGGUACAAACGUUACCCCAUCUCCUACGGAAUCAGUGGCAACAACCACGCUCACUUUAUCGCCUAUCAAUACUGAUCCGGUUCCAACAGGUGUGGCUCCAUCUCCAACGGGCUCGGUUAUUGAAACCAGUGUCACCGUAGCGCCUUCGACAAAGCAAGUUCACGUCAUUGAACAAGUUGCUUGCGUCCAAUUUGCGGGGAACGUUCUUCACCAUGCAGAACACGCCAACAGUGAUGAAAGCUGUAAGACAAACACUUGUCCCAAUGGAUGUUGCAGAUCCUACUGGUGGCUGCUUUGUGAUGAGGACAAUGCCUACACCUUUGCUCCUUGCAUUUGCAAUGAAAACACUCAGGAUCCCCAGCAGUUUGUCUCCAACAAACCCGUGAGGGACACCCCAGCGCCGCAGUCUCUGGUUUCUACCAACCCUGACGCCUGCAAGGAUGGCUCCCCCUUUCAUCAUAUUACCAACUUUGAUCAUUUGACCCGAUGCUUCGACGGGCAAGGCUGCGGCGAAGGAGAGUGUUGUGUCACGGCUUUUUGUUUGUGUAUGAAGCCAGAUAGUUUGGACGAGUGUCUUGUUCCAGUACCGGAAGGAGUUGUGGUGAACUCGAAUGUAUAGGAAACAGCCAGAGUCAAGACUUUGGUGCACGUGUCUUGUGAAUUUGGUUCGCUCGAGUGCUAUGGCGGAUUACAGUGUUGGUGUCUCUCUCUCCCUUUUCUAGAUCGAUAAACUUUUGGAGCUGUUGCUGCUCCUUCUUUGUCUUUAAUUAAAAUGCAUACAUAUUUAGUCUCAAUAUCA